CCCAUUUAACAAACGUAUACGGAGGAAAUCUUGCAAUAUCCGGCGCGAAAACUCAAAAAUAAGACGCGUGUGACGCGUUCUAAGGAUCUUGCAAAAAUGCCGUCUUAUAGAAUCGAGAUUUCGCCUAACAACCGCGCUGGUUGCAAGAACACUGAAUGCAAGAAAAACAACAUCAAAAUUUCAAAGGGCGAACUUCGCUUCGGUACAUUUGUUGAGAUCCAGGAGCACCAGAGCUGGCAGUAUAAACACUGGGGUUGUGUUACGCCUCAGGUUAUUGAAAACAUCAAGAACUUGAUUGAGGGUGAUUUGUCCAUGUUCGAUGGCUACGACGAGCUCCCCGCGGAAGAGCAGGAGCGAGUAAAGCGUGCCAUCGACCAAGGUCAUGUGGACGACGCGGACUGGCGAGGUGACGUAGAGCUGAAUCGUCCAGGGAAAAGGGGCUAUCGAGUAAAGACGCCCAAAAAGAAUUCUGGCAAAAAGUCAGAGAGCGAUGAAGGCUCGCCAACAAAGGGAAAGAAGCGCAAGGCCAAGAAGGAUUCCGAAGAUACCGAUGACGAGGCAAUUUCGGUAAAGAAAGAACGUGGCAAAUUAAAGAAAGAAAAACCUGCUGAGGACGAGGAUGCACCUCCGAAAAAGCGUGCAAAAAAGAGUAAAGACGAGGAGCCCGACAAGGCAAUCGCUGCUCCAGCACCUACGAAGAAGGCUCCAACGAAAAAGGUCAAGUCCGAGGAUGAGGUGAAAGACGAGGCCAAGACAAAAUCCCAGAAAGGCAAAACGAUGGCCAAAGACAAGGGCAAACCAAAGCCUGGCGGUGAUGAAGAAGACCAAGAUGGAGCCCAAAAGAUUGCGAAAUCUAAGCCUUCAGCAAAGAAGGCAGGUGGGAAGAAGAAGAAGAAGACCACGACGUCUGGCGAGGAGUAAGCGUAGGGUUCCAAAGGCUCUUCGACAAGGAAAGGAGCCUCGCUGGAACUCCUGGACUACACAUAUGAGUUAACAUCGGCCAAAGCUUCAUCACUGAGUAGCGACACAGUAGGUGAGGAGGGUUGACUCGGCGUUUGAGGAUCGUGUGAAGGAAGUAAAAGUGCAAAAGCGAGACGGAUACCCAUGUACCAUUAAUUUCGGGCGACGGCAAAGGUUAGGCAUGAUGAGUUCUGGACUAGUCAGCUCCUAUAUAUGUUGUUGCUCAAGCGUUAGAAGGCCAUCACGGUAUUAUUGACAGCGGGUAUUUAAGAUGCUGAAUUUCUCG